AUGAGAUCCAGAGGGUCUCCAUCCUCUCUUCCGUUUCUCAAUCUCUCAUCAUGGUCUUCACGGAACAAGAACAUCGUACUACUGCAUCCCAAACACUACUAUGCUACCGAAAGUCCAAAACACGAUGAUGGCACACCGUCAUGGAUUCGCAGUCUCGCACUUGGUUUUUCAUCGUGGAUACAUUCGCAUAGAGACCCCGUAUCACCUCAGCCCGCUCAAAGUUCAAAAGGCAAGACGAAUCGUUGGGUCCACUAUACCGCACUUGGGUUAUGGAGAGAUGCUUCGCAGGACCAAAUUAAAAAAAGGUACUACGAGCUGAGCAGGCAACACCAUCCUGACGUCUCUCAAGAUCCAACUUCCCCCGAAAUUUUCAGAAAGGUUACCGAGGCUUAUGCUGUGCUUGGAAAGCAAAAGACUCGACGGAAAUACGAUCAACACGAGCAGCUGCAUUCUGCUCUUAUAACGGGACUCCGACAUCAACGGGCGGGGGAACUUGCCUCGUCUGAACCCCGGCCGGUUGAUCCCACUUUCUGGGACCCAGUCAAGUCAGGCUCAUCGAUGUUUUAUCGUCCGCCUGCUGGAUACUGGUCGGCAAUGAACAAGCUCACGCGAGAUAGGGAGUUGAAGGAAAGGGAGAAGGCGAAGUUGCAAGCUCAGGCAGCUUCGUCCUCUCCCCAGAAAGCCAUGCCUUCUCAUGACGGACCAGAAGAAAAUGAGACCGACGGUGAAGUUCGGUUAAGCGAAUUCCAACUGAAAGUAAUCGUUGUGGCAGUCUCUGCGGCAUUCGCGGUAAUAUAUGUGGAUCGGGUCAAGAAUUGGGUGUACCAGGGCACUAGCACUGCAAGAGAACAACGAGAGUGA